AUGGUCAGCUUAUGCUAUGGUAAGGACGUUCUCAACACCUUGGACAGAAGCACGAGAAAUUUGGAUAAAUCCAUGUCUGGCAAAACAUGGGUGCAAGAGAUGAUGGUGGACAUUUUGCCCGCUGUUGAUGUGAAUCUGAACCGAAGUUCGAAAUUCCAUCUCUCUGACUCGGACAGUGAGGAUGGAUACUUCCCAUCAUUCCAUAUCUCUGACGAUGAGAGCGACACAGAUCUUAUUAGAAUGGACCAAGGCCCUUCUGUGAUAGUCUUACCAGAACCUGGGAAUUUGUCUGAACUGACGGGCUGUAAGUUCCAGGCUCUUGCAGAUGAUGAAUCAUACUUCCUAGACAGUACUGAGUUUCAGUGUACAAAAUUUUAUGAGGAAUGGCGUUUUGACAUUGAAGCAAAUGAGCGGAUCCUUUCUGAUUCUGAGUCAAUGGAGAGUGAAGAUGAAGCCAUCUUUGUUGAACGAACUAAGAAAACAAAGAAGCGUGUGCGAUGGAAAAAUAAUUUAUCAGUGGAUGCUUGUGAGCAGCAGAGCAAACAUGGCAGACAAGCAGCUGCAGAGGCACUUCUUAGUAUGGACUCUCCCAGUACCAACUCAGAGAGUAAAACAUUUCUCCAAGGAAUUUUACAGCAAAAUCCAAACACAGCACUGCCACCAAGUCCAGCAGACACAGACAGUGGUACUGAUAGUGGCAUCUCAGAACCAGAAAGUAGUAAUCUGGAGGACAAGGCAAGAAUUCUGGGUUUGACAGAUGCUUACACAUCAGCGUUUUUAGGGAACAUUCCCAGGUCAUCUCCAGGGCCGUUCAUCCCUCCCUAUUGUCAACAGGGGCCACCAGCUCAGUCCAUCCAACCCCCUCCAGCUCAUCAACCACUCCCAGCACACUUCAACACAGCCACACAUGUGGCCAUGAGACCAGAUCAUGUGUACCCAUCCAGUCCAAUGUUAUCCUCCCCCAUCAGUCUACAUCCCUCCCUCGACUCUGGCAGUCUGUCGCCAACAACCCCACCAUCAUCGCCUAUCCGACACAAGAGUAGAAAAGGUCGCAAACCAAAAAAUCCCUUGGAAUGUCCUAUAAAUCAGCCUAAACGAAAAAGAGAAAGUAGUACAACAUACUUGUGGGAAUUCCUUUUACAACUGCUUCAAAACAGAGAGACUUGCCCAAGAUAUAUUAAAUGGGCCGACCGUGAAAGAGGAAUCUUCAAGCUGGUCGACUCAAAGGCUGUGUCUAAGCUUUGGGGAUUACACAAAAACAAGCCAGAUAUGAAUUACGAAACAAUGGGAAGAGCAUUGAGGUAUUAUUAUGCGAGAGGAAUAUUAAACAAGGUUGAUGGGCAGCGGCUCGUGUACCAGUUUGCUGAAGUGCCGAAGUCUAUUAUAGAGAUUGACUGUGGGAAUGCCUGAGAGCCAAGACAGUACAACUGAAUCUGCUCACAAACCGGAUAGGGCUACAGGGCCAGCAAUGGUCCUUAAUCCCUGCCCCUCCUCUGCAAUCACUUCGUGCCAUAGCUCAGCUAUAGACUCAAUUAUAACUCCCAGGAGUUGAGAAACACUGUCUUUUCGUGACAAGAUUCCAGGUUAUUUGAACCAGAAUCUGAAAAGAUUUCAUACUUGUUUAUUAUGAAACUGAAAAUGGCAAGGAAAUUCAUCUUGGACAGUUUGAUAAUUGCAGUUGUGUUUUCUUGGACCAUCGUACAGUUUAGACUCAAGUGAUUGUCUGGAUUGAUCAGCCAUGAUCAGUGUACUGGUGAUACAAAGUGGCAGGACAGACUAAGAGAAAUGGAACAAGACUAGGAAGGAAUUCCAUAUUCAUCAGUCAGUCGACUUAAAAAAAGAUUCAGGGAUGUUUGAAUAUAAUGAAUGUGUUCGAGUGGAAGUGUCUUGUGUGGGAAGUUUGUUUUUUGAGGAAUGAAUGAAAAACAUAUUGUUAUGACUGAAUGUUGUUGAAGAAUGUUACAGAUUUAAAAAAAAAAAAAAUAAUUGAUUCAAUAUCAUAAUAAUAUUAUUUGAGUGAAAGUUUUGUUUGUUUGUUUGUUUGUUUUUUUUUUUUUUUUUUUUUUUUUUAGAAAACAUUAGAUUUUUUUAAUUGCAUUGGGCUGGUGUGAUUAUUCCUUACAUAUAGGACCACUCCAUAGACUUUGUCAAAACUACAAUCAUUCAACCCAGCAACCAGAAGUUGCGUCAUGCAGACACAGACGUGCGUUGACAAGUAUCAACAUGACUAAGAGGACAACAGGAACUGCCUCAUGCAUGGUAUAAUGUUUUAGUGCUGAAUUAGAAGAGGAUACAUUCCUUAAGCACACAAGUGCUGCUGAUUUAAAACUAGACUCAAGUUUUCUUCAUUUGAUCAUUCUUUGUUGAUAAAGGGACAGUUUUAUAACUGUCCAUUUUAGUAGGGUGUGGCAUGUCAUAGUGCUUAGUUAUCGGAACCAGUAAGAUAAAACAACUUGAAAAAACAAGUAAAUGUUCAGAAUAUCUGUUAAAGGUUUAUAUUCAGAUCCUGUGUUCCUCAUGCCAUUAUAAAAUGAUCGAUAAAAACAUGUUGUCAAAACAAAAUCUUUGUUUGAAUUGAUAGAUGGGUCUAACUUAGGGGAGGUCAGUUUACUUGAAACAAAUGCUGGGAGAGUGUGCUUGAAGCCGAAUUUGUUCCAUUAUAACUUUUUACCCAAUUUAAACAUUCCUGUUUCAUACAUAGCUUACCUGACAUUGACCCACAUAAAGUGUUCAAAUAGCUGUUUUCACCUGUAGUCACGUGUUUAUGACAGGUGGUGAGGAUCCUGUGCGUUUUGGGCGUGUCUCUGCAAACCUGACUCAUCUUACCUGGCUGUGUUUUACCUGUAUCAUGGUGAAACAUAGUUUCUUUAGGUCUUCAGUUUAACUUUUAAAGUUUUUCUUAUCCUAGAUAAUCAGAAACCUUACAUGAAAGGACUUCAGUGAUAUGUAAAAUUCUUCUAACAGAAAUUGUUCAUUAAUGCUAUGUACAGUGCUUUAUAAAGACUGUACUAAGCAACUAUUUCUUUAAAAUGUGUUGUUUUUUUUUAUUAUUAUCAAGCUAACAAGGUACUGAAAAGUUAUACCUUGAAGUUAGCAGUGCAUGAAAUAAAGUCUGAAUACUUCCUAUUUAUCAUGAUACAAGACCUUCACUAUGACACUGUCAUAUAUAAUAAUUCAACUCAGGCAGUGAUAUGUAGAGGUGAGCUGGUGAAUUAAAAAUUACCAGAUGUAGAUAAAUUUCUAUCCUAAAAGUUUUUAUUUUACUGUACUCAGAAGUUAUUGGUAUUCUUUUAGGAAGUAAUUGAUACUUACUAGUAUCACACUAUGAAGCUUUGAUGAAUAAAUCUGGUCCGUAGUUUUAAAUGAAUAAACAAUUUUAUUAAUAGAUUGUGAUUUCGACAAAUGAAGUAUUAUUUAUGCAGAUAGAUCUGACUUGGAGCAGCUAUACUCUUGUGUUUGUCCUUCCUUUCUCAUGCUAUCAUUCAUCAUCUCACUAUUGUGCAUUUUUCCACAAUUUAAGGGUCCAAUAUUUGUUUUCCUAUGGUCUGUAGCGCUACAACACACUAGAGGUCUGUAGACAGUGGAGGAUCACAUUCAUCUUGUGACUGAGAAAAAAUUGACAUUCAUUGAUUUAGAAGUACAAAAGAGUUUGGUUGUAUUUUUAUGAAGAAUUACCAUUUGAUGUAUUGCAGUUUAAAUACAUCACACCACGAAAGAAGAGGAAUGUGUAGGCUAAGUAGGACUUGAGAAUCACUUCAUUUUGAUGUAGUCAGGGAUAUAUUUUUUGGCAAAAGGUCACGGUCUGUGGCAGGCAGUAGUUACAGGCAUCAUUUAACACGGUACUCUACAAAGUGCAGCAGAGAAGGUCUCUCGUGCAGAUCAGUCUUGAUUAGGUCAUCAUUAAAAUUCCUUCUCAUCAUCUCUGUUUUAUAUCUUGCCUGCAUUGAAUCUAUUAACUGUGUUCCCAAGGUCACUCAGGACAUGCAUUUACCUUGACCUUAUCUUGACCUUAGAGUUUUUGGUAAUAUGCUAUUGAGAUUGUUUAGUACCAUUAUGCCGUGUUUUGAUUUUGCUGAUUUUCCCGAUCGUAAAUGAAUGUAGACAAGACUUUCUUCUUCUGUUAUGUCAGUUUGUAUCUCAACUUCCUCCUAGUACGGCCUAGUGUUUUCCUUAAUGUUAUCCGACCCAAGUUUUUAUGACAGGUUUGAGGUUAUACUCGGAUUGAGAAAGGAUGAUGUCAUGAAUAUUCAAGAGGUGUUAAAAAUGUCUUGUUCUAGUUUAGGUUUAGUUGUUAUAAGACAGGCAUAGUGUGACGCAUAUCUAUGUAUAAGGUGACAUCAGCCCCUGACAGCUCGAUCCUCCCAAUGGGCAUUAGACCUCUGGUCCUUCUUUGUUUACUAUUUGUUAAAGGUGUAUUGUUGGUCCUGUAUAUUAAUUAAGCCGUUAUACUGGAAGGAGUGCCUAAGAUUCUGUCAAAGAUUACACAGAAUUUGUUAUUUAUAAAAACACUUUCAUUACAGGAAACAUUUAGUGGUUAUAUUUUGAUUCUUCUUAAUUUUUGCUACAGUGUUUGUUGUAAUGUUUAUUACAUUUUGUUGGAUGAAUAGAACAAUAUCUUUACACUGCACUGUUUGAUCUUGACCAAAAAGAAACAUUUAGUAGCCAAAGAUAUUGAUAGUUUUCAGAAAAUAUCACUAAAACUCCCUCAAAGUUAAGUUUUUCAUAUAAAAAAAAUUACUAAAAAACUCAGCUUUAAUAUCUGUUGAUAGUAAAUACUUACAAAUUAUGGUACUUAUAUUGUGGUGCAGUUUGUAAUAUUAGGUUGUCAUUGUCAUGGAUUAGGUAAGUCUACGAGAAGACUGACAUAGUUAAAAAACAUUUAAAAGAGGGAUUUGGUGGUCAGUUGAGAUUUUGGUAGUAUUAACGAAAGUCUAUUGAGUUAAGCCUGAAAGAAUGAGGUGUCUAGAGACUUUAUUUAGCUAUGAAGUUUUACCAUAAAUCUUUUCAAAAUUGUUUUAUUAUUUGUUGAGAACAUUGUCAUGAUGAGGAGAUAUAGUGCACUUGAAAUCCUAUGAAAUCCAUGCCUGUUUGUAAUUACAUAUCAGAGGUAUGUGUGAUACCUUGAUAAUCCAAUUAUCUGCUUAAAGCAGAAUCUGACUUAUUGAUAAUGUAUUAUGGAAGGUAGAACAUUAUAUUGUUAUCAUGACAGCUAUAUGUUUUAUCCACAUUCAGAUAAGAGUGCCUUAGUCAUUACUAAUUAAGGAGGAUCGCGAGUAACAACACUUGUACACCUAGCACUUUCUUAUAUUCAGGUGCCAUUAUUGAAAUCACAGCGGUUUUUUUCUGAUAGAAAAACAAAUUUUAUCUCAAGGAUUAUUUUUCUAGGGGGGAUGGGAAGUCUGGAAAAAAUGAACGCAAUGUCUUUACUAUUUUUUAGAAGGAAUUGAGACAGGAAAUGUAAAUCCUCCUACAUACAAGUCGUUUAUCCACCCAUGUGUGAUAAUUCCUUACAAAUCAACACAUGUUCAGGGACAUCAUUGACAUGCUCAAUUUGUAUCUGCCUUAAACCAUCCUGCAUUUAGCAGAAAAUGAUGAUGUAGUGUAGGUCUAAUAAACUCUCUGAUAACGGGUACAAUUUCCAUUGAAAUAACAUUGAUUUUUUAGUUGUUAUCAACUAUUUACGCAAAUCAGAAAAUUUAGUUUUCAGCCGAUAGCUUAAAUAUUAUAUUAGAUCUAACUUGUGACCAUAUUUGGUGAGUUUCCAUUCUAGAAAGUUUUACCAAAGACGAGGCUGUGAUGUAGAUUGUAAUCUGUUUAUAUUCUGUAGAAAAUUACUCUCAAGCUGUAUGGAUAUGGUUUCACUGGUCCACAACGAGCAACAUUAAAAACAUGGAAAUACUAAUUAGUUUGAUCAACAGGAUGUGUCAGUUAAAUGAUGAUUUCAUAAUUCCUAAACAAAAUGGAAGGGGUUUAGAUUUUAUCUAUUAACCAUAACAGAUAUAACUAACAGUGUAUCACAUUUUAAUGUCAUUUGGCAAUAUAUAUAUAUAUAUGUGUGUGUGUGUAUACAUAUAUAGUUUUAGAUACAAAUUUAUUUUAAUGUUAAUUGUAAAAGAAUACUGUGAACUUUGAAAUCAUCAUUUAAUCUGUAUUGACAAGUGAUCAGCUGAUAGAUUAUAAAGACAUGGACAUAUGUGAUGGUCCAGUUUCUAUCAGAUACCAUGGUUACAGUGUAUUGUUGCCAUGAUUACAGUUUCCUUGGUGACUGCAUGGUUUCCAAGACAACGAUAUCUAACUUAGUUCUCAAUACUCUUAUUAAGUCGCUGGAUGUUCAGUGUAUACUAUAGGACUUGUACAAACAACAGAUCUCUUAUGUAUUUAUUAUUGCCGUGUACAUAUGCAAUGCGGUUAGACUAAAAUGAGUGCCGGUUUUUAAUCGCAACCUUCAAAUGUGGAAUAUAAAUAAAAUUAGUUGCUGUUUUUACCUCA